AUGCGGUACCGGCGACGAGUGUACAUCCCACCGACCACCAUCAGCAUCGCCGACUCGAUGUCGUCCGUCAUCCGGCCGCCAGACCCAUGCCUGAUCGCGAUUGCGCUGGUGGUUCGAUCUCGCGCCGGCCCGCGGUUCGUCUACCACUAUCCUCCCAACCCGACGCUCGCCGAGUCCCCCUCGACCGCGCCGAACAAGUACGACGGACAGCAGCAGCCCAGGGACGAGCAGGAGCACGAGCAGGCUGAUCCGGACCAGGAGGUCAAGGGGACUGAUUCGGGGGCGUCGGUGGACGAGGACGGGGUGACGUCGGAGGAGGAGUCGAGUGUUGUUGAUCGAGGGGAGAGGGAGCGGGAGCGGGAGAGAGACCGCCGCUCACCGAGUCGGCAGCACUCGCAGUCCCACUCCCAGUCACAAUCACAGUUGCAGUUACAGUCGCAUGUGAGGAAGAAAGUAGCUAUACAGGGCCAGGGAGCUCCGGGCGAAGAGGGGGCGGAAGACAAGAAAGGCGAAGGAAGCAGUUUGCAAGCGGACUCGUUCCUGGGGCUGGGCUACGGGGUGUGGGAGAAGUUGCUUUCGCCGUCGCCUGCGUGGCACAAGCGGCGGUUUGAAGUUGGCGUGAACGACCUGACGUUUGUGGGCUGGCCGGUGUUUGUGCGCAAGGACGGGACAUGGCGGAAGCGCAGGAAGAAGCGGAAGAGCGAGAAGAGGCGAGAGGAAGACGAGAAAGAGAGGGAGAAGGAGAGGGUGAAGAAGAGCGCUGGCGUGUCUGGUCUUGGAGCCGGGCUGGUAGGAGAUGGACAUAUACCCCUGACAGACACCGAUGAUGGCGAGGAUGGAGGUGAUGAACGGGAAGAGCGUGGAGAAGAUGAAGAUGGAGAUGGAGAGGAGGACUGCUCUGAUGAAGAACAGCUUACGAUCAAGGACGGGAUGACGAUGUUCAAUGUGGUGUUUGUGCUGAACCCGCCGGCGCUGGAGUACAAUGUGCGGGUGCGCGAGAUGUACGACAAUGUGGUGAAGAAGUUCGGCAAGGCGCUGAAGAGCGAGCAGGCGCGGGCAAAUUACGUCUGGAAAGAAGCCCAGAACAUCCUGCGCAUCAAGGAGAAGUGUCGUGAAGAGAGAACCUCGUUGUCCGGGCUGUAUACAACGCUGUCUGCCAAAUCCAGUCUGGCCCAGGCCCUCGAGACACUGUAUACCAACAUCAGCGCCUCCAAGAUCGCAUCCGUCAGCCUGGGCCCGCAGACCAGCAUGUCGAUGCAGAUACCGCCCAUGACAUCGACGCCGCAUCUCCCUUCGCCCAACGAACCAGGCUACCCGGGUCUCUGGCUGACAACCGCCGACAGCGUCUCCUCGACCGACGAGACAGCCCACAUGACCAACCCAGGCCAGUCGCAGGUGAUGCUAGCCAAACACUUUGCCCUCUUGCUUCUCAGCGACGAGACAAGCAUACUCAAGGACAUCGAGGCGUCCAAGAGCACCAUCGGUCCUCCGCUAGCCCACUACAUCCGCUCCAGCAAGCCUACCAAGUCCUUUGCCCAGAUCUCGGCCCGCUCGCACAUCCCGCUGGCCGACAUCCAGAUUCUGGCCAGCCAUCUGGUGUACUGGCGGCGAGCCCGAGCUAUACCACCGCUGAACAAGAAGGAUGUAUACAUUGUCUCGCCGAACGCGGACAUGAGCAAGCUGGGCGUGGCGAGCGCGGCGUACGAGGGCAUGUUUCCUACCCUGCCGAGCCUGCCGAAGAUGCUGUCUGCUCUGAGCGCGGGCAGUCCCAGGCCGUAUUUCAGCUAUAUUCCGAGCAAGGACCACAAGGAGGCGUAUUAUGAUAUCCUGGCGUGGUUGGUGAGAGGCGGGUGGGUGACGCAGCUGAGGACGUUUGGGUGGGUGAAGGUGAGUCCGGAGGUGAAGAUGGCUGUCCAGAACCAGCCUGUCAAUGGACAUCGAGAGCAUCAAGAGGAAGAUGAAGAAGAAGAUGAUGAUGAAGGAGAAGCUGGUCUAGCUACCCCUGUUCCUGUUCCUGUGCCUGUGUCUAGGUCUACGGCUAAAAGGUCGGUAUCAACUUCUACGGCCUCUCUGAUCCUGCGGCCUCACCGGGCCUCACCCCUCGAGUCCCGCUGGCUCGACCACAUCCACAAAUCGUUCCCUCUAGCAGCUGAAGAAGAGGAAGAUGAUGAAGAAGGAGAGAGAGAAGAAGGAGAAGAAGAGGAAGAUGUGUAUGCAGCCCUGCGACGCCACUGGCCGAUGCUGACCCGCUACUUUACGGGUCUGGAUGCCCUGCAGAAGAUCAGUGUGCGAGAAGGGCUGCCGCAUCGACUGGUCUGGAGGAUGCUGAACCUGCUAGAUGUGAACUCGGGUGUCCUUGGAGGCGGUGGUGGUGGUGUCGCUGCAGGAGAGGCCGACGGGGUGUGGGAUGAGCGGGAAAAAGUGCUUGUUACUGUCCGGCAUUGGUAA